AUGGAUCUCGAGGCCUCUGAGCCUCCUGCCGCAGCUGCCCAGGCUGUGCCUGUUGAGGUUCGCCUUGCAUCCUUGAGCCGUGACGUGGCCCUGCUCGGGCGUCAUCUGCGCAGUGUUCAACACCGUUUGGUCAGCCUUGAGGAUCGCGUGGUCGCCUUGCAGUCCCGUGUGCAGGAUAACGCUGAUCAGCUUGAACAGGGCUCCACCCGCCUUGCUGCUAUCAGCCAGUUUCUGCAGGCCUUGGUUCAACACUUGAGCUUCCUGUUGCGUCACGAGAGCUUGAGCCAGGACACCCGGCAAGCUUUGCAUGUCCUGUCCUGCACGGCUUCGGGUCGUUCGCUGUGGAAAAUGCCCUGGGAUGUGGGUCUUUUGGCCUAUGAUCCCACGCCCAAGCCCUUGAAGCCCUUGGCGACAGUGUUGCCGACUUUUGCGAGUCCCACUCCAUCAAGCGUGCCAGCCGAAACUCCCCCGGUUCGGCAGAAGCUUAAACGGCCGUGUUUUGUUCAGAAUGUCCCUUACAAAUUUGUAAAGACUAAGCUGGAAACUAAAACUUGGCUGCAAUUGCAGAACGAGGAGCGGCAUCUUGCAGUGAGCAAGUGGAUUUCCGUUGUUGCGUGUGAUCCCAUGUCUUUUGGUGUCGCUCGCAACUGGUAUCAAGGCAAGGUCGCAGGUCACUGUGUUGGCACGCUUUCCGAUAGCGUCGCAGAUGCCCUUUCAGCAAAGGCGACAGCCACUGUGAAUAAUAGGGCCUCACACCUCUUGCGGUUUGUGGUUUGGACGCGGGGAAGGAAUAUGCUACCGUUCCCUUUGGUCGAGGCAGCCGUUUACCUGUACAUGGACACAAACCGCGCCACGGCUGCUCCAACCGCAUUUCGCAGUUUCCUUUCCUCCGUCGCAUUUGCGAAGUUCGUUCUGGGGAUGCCUUCGGCCGAUGAGGUCCUUUGUUCGCAUCGAAUCACGGGCCUUUCUGCGAGGACCUAUCAACUCAAGAGGCCAUUGAAGCAAAGACUCCCCUUCACAUGUGCACAAGUCAGGAAGCUGGAGGCGAUACUUUCAGGUCAGUUACGCCGCUCGACGGCGGACAGAGUGGCUGCAGGUUUCUUCCUCUUUAUGAUAGGCAGCAGGGGCCGCUUCUCGGACGCCCAGAGGGUGACCGAGCUCAGGCUCCCGCGCGGGGCAAAGUACAUCACUGCUGUUGCGUCGCGCACAAAGAGUUCGACCUCACUUGAGCGCAAGACUCGCAUGCUGCCCAUGGCUGCUCCUGUUGUGUUGCUUGAUGACGAACGUCCAUGGGGAGUGACUUGGUUUGAGCUUUUGGAGUCCGAAGGUCUAGGCCCAGAUCAAGAGUGCCCGCUUCUUCCGCUGGCCAGGUCAGACGGGACUUGGGCUAAGGUGCCUUUGCCGUGUGAUAUGGCGAAUGUGUGGCUGAAGUCAUUGCUCGAUUUUGGCAGCGAUUCCUACGGCAGUUAUGGGACGCAUUCCUGCAAACGCACACUUCUUGCUUGGUCGUCGCAGUUUGGGCUUGCGAGAGAUAUCCGUUGCAUUUUGGGCUAUCAUGUGUCCAGAGCUGCAGGUGUAGGAACCGAGAUCCUGUAUGAGGCCGACGCGCAGGCUCAACCUCUCCGGGAGAUGUCGAGGAUGCUCCUGUGGGUCCGGAAGGGCGAUUUUGAUCCUGAUGCCCCGAGAGGUCGCAAGUUCAGGGUGGCUGAUGGCGAAGAACAGCCUUUUCCCGAGGAUGAAGAUGACUGUGGCGAGGACGGAGCUGUGUCGUCUUCGGAGGGCAGCGAGGAUGACGAGACCCCUGAUCGCAGGUUAGAUGAAGAUUGUGCCAACCAGCUCGUGGGACGCUGGACCGGGAGAGUCGACGAGUCGCUGCUGCCUGUGAGUGGGGUUUAUGUACGCAACUUGGUGUCGAGGGUCAUCCACGUCGCCGCUGAGGAGGGCGGCGAAAUUUUGAUUUGUGGAAGGCCGAUCAACGCAACGUAUGAGAGUUGCGAGGGAAGUGGGCGACAGCUCUUAGCUGAAAACGUGCGCGACCUCUACGCGGGCUCAGAGGUGGAGCCGUUUAAGGUUCAAGAAGGUGCGGUUGUGUGCACCAUGGCGGCCUAUUCGGAAUCCACUCCAGUGUUCCGAGCCCGAUGCGCAGCAUGUGGACUUGAUGAAGCCGAGACGGAGAGUCUUGUCGCUGCCGGCCUCACAACCUUGGCGAAGGUCGCUUUCUGCAGUGCCUAUACCCCAGGCGCUGGUGACGAUGGCAGUCUCAUCUUAGCCCUGUCAACUGCGUUGGGAAAAGAGCCGACCUUGGGGCAAAAGGCCUCUUUCCGACGGCUCUUUCACGAGUCUUUCUCAGUUACGACUCAUGAGAUGAAAGGUUUGGUGAGCCAAACGGAGGAGAGUGCACCUCGAAAGCUCUCGGUCCCGGAAAGGGCUGAGAGGCAUUCCGCCAUUGUGAAGCGACUUCCAGGUCUUGACAUUAGAAACCGCACUGAACCGUCUGAUUCAUUGCUUGAUCUGUGUGUUUCAAUGUAUGAGAACAACAAGCUUCUUUAUGUGGAGUGGGACCGCCUGACGAGUAAGGAGCAGGAGCAGACGCUGAGCGCCAAGCGGGAGAAAGUCCUUUCUGUUGAUGCGGCCGGCAUGUUGCGGACCGAAAAGUCCUCCCCGGCAAUAGCCGAUACUUCGACUGAGCUUCUACUCCUUCUUGCCAUGACUCGCAGAGCGGUGGCCUUUGAGAUGGCAAACCUCCUCGACUAUAACCUGCAUGCGCGCUGGAGCGAGCGCCUGCAAAGUGCCCGUUUGGACCCUGUGCUCGCGGGCCACUUGCAACCCACUUUCCAGCAGCUGCAGGCUGCUGAUCGCCGCCUUUUCAUGCUCCUUGCGGACCGAACAAGGACCGGUAUCCAACUGAAUGCCACAGGCAAGCGGCCGCUUGACCUGAUCUUUGUUGAGUGCACCCAAGCUUCGGAAGUCCUUCACCUGUUGCAGCCCCUUCCCAAGGCCCAGAGUGGGCCGUCUCCCCCCAACGAGAGUGCUGAUCGUGGCGGCCCUUACCCAAGAGGCCGAGGUCGUGGGAGAAGCCAGAAGGGAGGUCGCAAGGGCGCUGGCAAGGGCGUUCGAAUGCCCUUCGGGCCGUUGCCGGAAAGGCCUUCAUAUCUGCGCUGUCAGUCUGCCCUGGACUGCCCCAACAAGCCGGCGGCCAUGGGUGCCGAGGCCUUGAUGCACGCAUACCCCGCACCGGUGCAUCCUGCAGAGAUUUUGGCUUUUUCCAUGCUUCAAGAGCGCACCCUGGUCCGCUCAAAAAUCGUCGAGAUGGUGGACUUGCUCCCCUUCGAGCCUUCGCCGCGGGCCGAGACUGGUCGUGCUUUCGCUGCCGGGGCUUAUGGUCAGGGUGCACUGGUUGGGUUUCGUAAGAAUACCCUGGUUUUCCCUUUCUGUGUUUUUGCCUUGACUGCCUGGCUGCGCCUGCUGUGCCCAGAUUCCAUUUUCUCAGCCAUUGUUCUCCUGGAUGCUGACGACGCUCCAUUCCAUAAGGAUGUGCGUAACCAUCCUGUGCCUAACACCGUUGCGCCUUUGACCGUCUUCCAAGGUGGUCUGCUUUGGGUCGAGGGUUGUGGUAGUGAAAGCCUCCCUUGUGCUGGCCACACCGUCCAAGGUGGCCCUUUGUCCUGGGAGCAUGGUGCCGUUACCUUCGACGCCUAUCGCCUGUGGCAUAAAGUCCUGCCCUGGACGGGGCGCAGGCUUGUCUUGGUGGGUUUCACUCCUGCCUCCUGCCACCGGCUCCUGCCUGACGAUCGUGCCAAACUCGUUGCCUUGGGUUUCCCCCUCCCUCCGCUCCCCCAGACCGCUGAUGCACCUGAGAAUGCGCGACGCUCGCGCUCUCCUGCUCCCACUUCCGCUGUUGUGGCCGGUUCGGGUUCUAGGACUAGGUCGCCUCCCUCUGGUUUGCCGGGUCCCCUAGUCUCCCCAACUCCAGUCGGCACGCCGCCUUUGUUCAUCGAGCUUUGCGCCGGUACUGCCCUGCUGUCACAGCAGGCCGCGGAGGCUGGUUUUCGGAUGUUGGCUGUUGACCAUCAUGGCAAUCGCUUUAAGCCGCAUGUGCAUGUUCUGCAGCUGGAUCUCCGCAGCCCCUCCUCCUGGGAGUUCCUUCGUGGCGUCUUGUCAUCCCAAGCCGUGGCUCAUGUGCAUAUUGCCGUGCCGUGCGGCACAUGCAGCCGCGCCCGCGACUUGUCACCUGGGCCCCCCCCUCUGCGCGACCUCCAUCAUGUCUGGGGUCUUCCAGGGCUCUCACCUACUGACCACGCUCGUGUCCAAAGUGCCAAUGCAAUCUACGAGGGCGCUGCUGCUUUCUUCGAAUUUAUUCUGGCUUCUUUUCCUCAGAUCGGCGUCUCAGUGGAGAACCCUCUGCAUUCAUGGCUUUGGAUGUUGCCGCCUUUUGCCUCUUUGAUGCAGCGCUGCACUUUCGUUGCUUUUGACCUUUGCAGGCAUGGCUCCAACAGGCGCAAGGCUACGGGCCUUCUCACCAACGUGCCAGGUUUGGGGGUCCUUAGUGGGCCAUGCCCAGGUUGUGCGGAGCAUCAGCCCUGGCAAGUCCAAAACGGCGAGUUUGCCACCGCCCGUGAGGCGGCCUACCCGCUCCUUUUCUGCCAGCGGUUCGUGGCGGCGGUUGCGGCCUCAGCUUCAGCGUCUGGGUUGGGCCCUGAUCCCGAUGCCCUUUCUGCCCAUGCUUCCGCGCGUGCAGCCAACCACGUGCAGCCACGCGGGCGCCGCUUUCCGCCGCUCAUACCCGAGUACAGCUACACUGUCACUGUCUUUUCUGAGAUGCCGCCGCCGCUCAAUGCUAAGCGUUGCCUGUCAGAUCCUUGGCUGGGUGUGCCGGCCGGCAGCCGUUUCCUGCGACAGUCACUUGAAAGGGGGGGAGUCGCUCUUCCUGACUUCCCAGGGCCGUCGUACGUUACCUUUGGUGUGUACCGUGAGCCGUUGCAGUAUGUGCAUCAUGCUCUUUCCCUGCAGCAUCCUUUUGACCUGGCUCGGGCCGUGCCUGAUGACCUUCUGCGUGUACUCUUUAAGACUUUGACGGGUGGGCCUGUAGCAGUCCUCCGUUCUAGGUUGCUCAAGCUUCGGCAAUGGCGAGCUUGGGCUAAAGAGCUUGAGUCGGAAAAUGCAAAACUUUUUGCCUCGAUGCACAAGGAUGUCGCAGCCGUCCUCAGAGGAAAGAGGCUGGCCCUACUCGAGAAAAUUGGACGGUCUUUGGGUUGGCCGGAUGAGGCCAUCUAUCGGGACCUUGCGGAUGGUUUUCGCAUAACCGGCUAUCUUCCUGCGACAGGAGUCUUUGAGCCUGGCGUGCGCCCUGCAGAGCUUGAUGAGCAGGAGUUCUGGACCCGAGCGAACGCUGGGGAGAUUUGUGCAAAAGAGUGA